AACAAACCUACUGGAUGCUGGAAAUCUCACACGCCUUCGGAAGCUGAAGAUGAAGUUAUUAUGGAAACAGUUUUUGCUGCUAUCAGUCAUGGAGUGUCUUACAGAUUGUUUGGAUUAUAAAUCGUUUCAUGGGCCAAAAUGGCGGAUGGAACCCAGUGAUUUAACGGUGCCUGUUGGUUUACCAGAAGAAGAGGCCACUCUCACUUGUGAUGCCAAAGGCUUCCCUGCUCCUCAGUACAGGUGGUCACUGAACGGCACAAUGAUUGAUCUGAGGGCUGAUUAUCGGCGGCGUCUCUCUGGUGGAAAUCUGGUGAUUAGGAAUCUGGACCUUUCCAGGGAUGCAGGAAUCUACCAGUGCACUGCAUUUAACUCAGUCGGAGCCAUUCUGAGCAGGAGAGCGACCCUUCAGUUUGCAUACUUGAAUUUUAAAACGCAAACAAGAAGUGCCGUGUCAGUGCGUGAGGGUCAAGGAGUAGUUUUACUAUGUGGUACACCUAUAUAUGCAGGAGAGCUGCAUUUUGCCUGGGUGUUCAACGAGUACCCGUAUUUUGUCCAGCAAGACAGCAGACGUUUUGUCUCCCAAGAGACUGGAAACCUUUACAUCGCUAAAGUAGAGCCUUCCGAUGUAGGAAACUACACAUGCGUAGUAGUAAAUCGCAUUACAAAGGUCAAAAUGCUGAGUUCUCCCACUCCACUGAUCCUGAGGACAGAUGGUGUGAUGGGUGAAUAUGAGCCUAAAAUAGAAGUUUUUUUUCCUGACAUGGUUCCAGCCGCCAAGGGCUCCAUUGUGACACUGGAAUGUUUUGCUUUGGGGAAUCCAGUGCCUGAAAUAACAUGGAGAAGGGCUAAUGGAGUUCCCUUUCCCAACAAAGUGAAGAUGAAGAACUCGAAUGUCGUUCUGGAGAUCCCCAGUUUCCAACAAGAGGAUGCGGGCGGUUACGAGUGUGUGGCAGAGAACAAGAUGGGCAGGAACACUGUGAAAGGACGACUCUCCUUCCAUGCUAAGCCUCAGUGGGUGCAGACCAUGCAUGACAGUGCCUUAUCCAUUGAUGAAAGGCUGUUUUGGGAAUGUAAAGCCAGUGGAAAACCCAAGCCUUCGUACAGCUGGCUAAAGAAUGGAGAACUACUAAACACACAGGACAGGAUUCACAUAGAGAAUGGAGCUCUAACUGUAGUCUCAGUCAACCUGUCUGAUGCUGGCAUGUACCAGUGUGUUGCGGAAAACAAACAUGGAGUUAUUUAUUUCAGUGCCGAGCUGGUGGUGCUUGCCUCACCCCCAGACUUCUCGAGGUCCCAAGUGCGAGCACUACUUAAAGCUAAAACUGGCAGCACUGUGACUAUGGAGUGCAGGCCUCAGGCUUAUCCUCCUCCCAUCACAUCCUGGAGGAAAGGCAGUGAACAGCUCCAGAGCACAGAAAGGAUAAGUCUUCUUCCAGAUGGAACAAUAAGAAUCAUAAAUGUGACAAAGACAGAUGUGGGCAGCUACACAUGCCUGGCUAGAAACCAAUUUGGGAUGGCAAGCACCACCAGAAGACUGCUGGUCACAGAUCCCACACGGAUCACUCAGGGCCCAGUGGAUACGGAGAUCAUAGUGGGCGAGAGUAUCGUGCUGCCGUGCCAGAUCGCGUGUGAUGCCUCUCUGGAUGUGUCCUUUUCCUGGGCCUUUAACGGACAGCUCCUCAACAAACUCGACCCUCACUAUGAGCACGUUGGUGGGGGGGUGGCUGGAGAUCUGAUGAUACGCAAUAUUCAACUGAAACAUGCCGGGAAGUAUGUCUGUGUCAUCGACACAGAUGUAGAAAGUCUAUCUGCAGCUGCCAUUUUGAUUGUAAAAGGUCCCCCUGGAGCUCCAGACAUUGUAACAGUAGAGGAGAUCACAGACAGCACAGCACAGCUCUCCUGGAGGCCUGGACAAGACAAUGGCAGCCCCAUCCUCAGCUACAUCAUCCAGACCAAAACAGCUUUCACUGUGGGAUGGCAGGCAGUGAAUACAGUGCCUGAGGUGAUAGAUGGGAACACUUUGACUGCUACAGUAGUGGACCUGAAUGCGUGGGUGGAGUAUGAGUUCCGCGUGCUGGCUAGAAACAGUGUUGGCGUAGGAGAACCAAGCCCCGCCUCACUCAAGACCAGAACCGAGGAUGCAGUUCCUGAUACAGCACCAGCUAAUGUUGGCGGUGGGGGAGGCUCCAAGUCUGAAUUGGUAAUAACGUGGGAGCCUGUGCCUGAGGAGCUGCAAAAUGGAGACGGUUUUGGUUACAUCAUUGCUUUGCGGCUGCUCGGCGAGCUAACGUGGACACAUGUUGUGACAUCAGCACCAGGACGCUAUGUCUACCGCAACGAGAGCAUUGCACCGUUUUCUCCUUUUGCGGUGAAAGUGGGAGCGUACAACGUGAAAGGCCAGGGACCCUUCAGUCCUGUCACCACAGUGUUCUCAGCAGAGGAAGAGCCCAGCAGAAUGCCAGGGGGUGUGUGGGCUCGGAGUAUUUCUGACACUGAAUUUCAAGUGAGCUGGCAGACACUCUCUGACUCUCCCGAAAGAGUUUUGGGAUACGAGGUCAUGUACUGGGAAGAUGACACUAAGCCAGAAACCAUGGGGAAGGUGCGAGUGUCUACAAAUCAGUACAAAGUGAACAUCAGUGGCCUGAAGGGGUACACUCAGUAUUUCCUUACAGUGAGCGCCUUCAACACAGCAGGAACAGGGCCACGCACACCCACCAUUAACAUCACCACCAAAAAGUCUCCGCCAGGACAACCACCAUUGAAUGUGGAGUGGAAUCUCAUUGACUCAAAGCUGACUGUCCACUGGGACCCGGUGGUCACCAUGGAGAUGGAGUCAGAGGUCACUGGGUAUAAGGUUUCUUACACAAGGAACAGACAUACUGAGAUUAAUACAGUGACCACUAACGUUACAUCUGUGGAGCUCAUCCUUCCUGCCGACGAUAAUUACAUAAUUCAGAUUUGUGCUCUGAGCGACAGCGGAGACGGCAUGCCUACUGAGCCCAUCAACAUUCACAAACUGAGUAUGAGUGUACGGGGUUCAGGAGCGUGGCACCCGACCGCCAUCCCCCUGUCCUUGCUUUUUACCAUCGCGUUAACUGCCACGAGGCCAACUGUGUGAGAAGGACUUUAAUACUGCACAGACUUAUUGAGUUGAUCAUGUGUACUCAUUCCUUACAAAUCAUGAGAGAAAUGUAGUGAAACAAUUUUUUACUCCCAAACUUCCCAUAUUUCAACUGAGGCAGCGUCAUGUGCAUUUGAUGAAACCGAGGAGGACGUGCAAAAUUACAGGAUUUUGUGUGCAUGUUAUGGUCUCAAGGCUAGCGUUUAAAUAGACUGAACACAUUUAGGUCGUACUUUUUUGUAUCGUACACGGAUGUCAUGACUCAUAUGCACUACUUGCCAGCUGGUCUCUGUGACCCUUGCGGAGAACAAAAUGCCUUACUUCCAUGUUACAUGCCAAAGUAGUUCAUGUCUUUUGUCAUGUCCUUCACUUCUUGUUGCUAAGCCACUGUUCGUCCAAUCAUGCUUUUUAUUCCUUUUGAUAUGACAAUGUAAUCAGUGUUUUUAUACAAUCUUGUUACAUAUCACUGGCACCCCGCAGCUUCUGCGUACCCAUUUUACAGAAUAUAAUUUUUCACUGUGCCUUCUAUACAAUAGCUGCAUAUAUUUAAUUUAACUUUACAUCAAAGCCUUUACUGUUCAGUCUUUCAUUAUCUUUGAGGAUGUGCAGUUUGUCAUUUGAUGCCACUUUGUUUUGGGUUAGUCGAAACAAUGGCUGUGCUUCAUGGGUUUUGUUAACAGGUACAACUAUUAGCACAGAGUAAUACUGAGUUGCAGACUUAUUAUUAGCUUCUAAUGUCUCCUGUCUGUAGACGCCACUAGAGUCCUAAUACAAGCAGAUAAUAUGAUGUUAUUCUCCCAACUGCAUUAUAUCAUAGCAACAGAUUUGUUAGAGAGAAAAAUGUUCCCCUGGUUAGCUGACAGACAUUUUUUUUACAUAUGACUGACAGACAGCGCCCUUUAGGGUCUGAAUUGGUUAUGUGUAAAACUUGUGUGAUCAUAUGAUGUGUUGCAUAAGAAUUUACCCCUGU